UGAAUCGAAAUAAUAAAACAGUUGAAUACAUAAUGCCCAAGAAAAGAAAAAAUGUUUCAGUCGAAGAUCAUCCAGAAGAAGAUGACUAUGACACUCAGGCUUUACAUUCGUUACUCCCAUGCCGAGAAAAACAAAUUAGUGAUCUUUUGACACUUAUGGGUGAACCUUAUCAAUACACUGUUUCUUCUAUAUUUAUGUACGGUCAUGCAUCUUGUGGUAAAUCCGUUGUUCUUGAAAGUAUAAUGGAAUAUUACGAGCUUCCUCAUGUUGUAGUGAACUGUGUAGAAUGUUACACAACCAAUAUCCUCUAUCAAGAAGUUUUGCGUGGCUUGUAUUUUCAUAGUAAAGCGGAUGAUGCAAGAAGUGAAUUUGUACCUCCAAAGAAAUGCGAAAAUACAAAUGACUUUGUUCGAUUUUUGAAGAAAAUGUUGACUUCUUUUUUUCCGAAUGAAACAACAUAUAUUAUUUUGAGCAAAGCUGAUCGACUGAGAGAUCGAGAAGUAAAUCUCAUUCCUGCAUUAUUGAAUUUGCAAGAAAUUAGUGGCUGUAAUAUAUGUGUCAUUUUUGAGAGCGAAGUUACAUGGGAAAAAUAUUACAACGGUAUUGCAGGGAAGAGUCCUUUCAUCAUGUUUUUUCCAGACUAUACCAAAGAGGAACUACAAAAGAUAAUUACUUUAUUGAGGCCUCCAGAUUCUUCAGAAGAAUUUUACAAGGAUUAUAUAGGGAUUGUAUUGUCUGUGUUUUACACUGCAUGCAGGGACUUGAGAGAGUUGCGUCACUUGGCUGAAAUCAAUUUUCCUAUUUACUGUGAACCAAUUAAGAAAGGAGAAGCAACAGAAUCUGAUAAACAUAAACUAUGGAAGAACAUUGAACCAUACUUGAAGAAUGCAUUGCAUUCAUUAUAUCUCAGAGAAAUAUCAAGUUCUGAAUGGACGAAGUUGCAUGUAAAGUCAACAGAAGAUGAAAUUAGUUUGCCAAGCAAUUUUAAAGAUUUAGAGUCUGUGACAUCAACAAUACCGAAGCGUGCCAAAUCAGGAAUUGUUGAAUUGCCUUUCUAUUCUAAAUUUCUUGUCAUUGCUGCUUAUCUUGCUUCCUAUAAUCCUGUGAAAACUGACCUUCGUUUCUUUGUCAAGAGCGCUGGAAAAAAUAAGAAAACUUUGAAAAGCAUGAAAAAAGAUGAACAGAAAAGUGCUCAUUUACGAGGACCAAAAGCCUUCCCGCUUGAUAGAUUGAUGGCAAUAUUUUACUCUAUAGUAGAUGGAAAAGUUCCUCCUACUGCCAAUAUAUUCUCCCAGAUAACCUCUCUUGUUUCACUACAUUUACUUUCCCAAGUUGGGCACGAAGACCAAAUUGAUUCUCCAAAAUACAAAUGUGUUGUUUCACUUGAUUUCAUACAAGCAAUAUCAAGAACUGUUAAUUUCGAUGUGAUCAGAUAUCUGUAUGAUUUCGUAUGAGGAGUGUUAUGUGCGGCAGACUAGAAUGAUAUAUAUUCCAUAUGUGAUCAAAUAGAUUUCCGGAUUUCGCAAGAUGUAGGAAGUGAUUUCUGAUCAAAGUUGAUAUUUAUAAACAAUGAUUUGAAUACAUUUAUGUGAUGUACGAUUUCUCAAGAUUCAAGUUUGAUCAUUGAAAACUAAACAAUAAUAAUUUAUAAUCGUUCUAUAUAAUGAACAGUGUUCCCCAAUUUAUCAUUGGAUUAAUAUGGCUCCUCUAUGAAUUUGUGAUCAAUUUUCUUUGGUUCAUGCUUCGUAGAGAACAAAUUUUGAUCAAUUAUGAGCGAUGUUUUGUUUAUGUUUAUUUUUCAUCAUGAUUGAAAUAAUAAAAUGAUUACACUGUUUUAA